AUGUCUUAUGAAGAGAAAAGUCGGUUACGUGAAAUGUUAGACGAUUUGUUAGAGCAAAAAGUCAUUCGUACGGGAAGUUCGGAAUAUGCAUCAAGAAUAGUGCUAAUUAAAAAGAAAAAUGGGAAAACGCGAUUAUGUGUCGACUAUCAAAUUUUAAAUAAAAUCACGGCGAGAGACAAUUACCCGCUUCCGGUGAUCGAGGACCAAAUUAACGCGUUGCAUGGUAAAAGAUUUUUUACGUCCUUAGAUCUUAAGGACGGUUUCCAUCAUGUUUUUGUAGCUGAAGAUAGUAUUAAAUAUACCGCGUUCAUAACGCCAUUUGGAAUUGAUCUGCAAGGCAUACCAUUCAAAAUAGUCACGGAUUGUAACGCUCUUGUUAUAACUUUAAAUAAAAAAGACAUAAAUCCACGAAUUGUGAGGUGGGCGUUAGAAUUACAGAAUUUUGAUUAUAGUACCGAACAUAGACCUGGAAAAAGAAUGGCGCAUGUCGACGCGCUCAGUCGAACGAAUAGCGUUUUGGUAGUUGAAGAUAACACUUUUGAAUUUAAUUUAACGGUGUGUCAAGCGCAAGACACAAAGAUUAAAGAAUUAAGAACACGACUUGAAAGGGAGCAAGGUGGUCUAUUUGAAAUGCAAAACGGAAUCGUUUGUAGAAAAGGAAAAGACAAACUCAUGUUUUAUGUGCCUCACUCGAUGGAGAAGGAAUUAUUACAAAAAUAUCACAAUGAGUUUGGUCAUUUCGAUGUAGAUAAGACGCGUUCCUUCAGGAAAGUUACUGGUUUCCCGAGAUGA